UCGCGGUCCGGCCUUGCGUCACCUCGGUCACCGGGCGCCUCGUGUGCGGUUCUUCACGGGCUCCCGUCGUGGCCCUCAGCAACAGAAUGGUUCAGCAAGUUCCAGAAAACAUCGAUUUUCCUGCUGAAGAAGAGAAAAUCUUGCAGUUCUGGUCCGAAUUUAAUUGUUUCCAAGAAUGCCUAAAGCAGUCAAAACAUAGGCCAAAAUUUACUUUCUAUGAUGGGCCUCCUUUUGCAACUGGACUACCUCACUAUGGACAUAUACUUGCGGGGACAAUUAAAGAUAUAGUUACAAGAUAUGCUCACCAGAGUGGGUUUCAUGUUGACAGAAGAUUUGGAUGGGAUUGUCAUGGCUUACCUGUGGAAUAUGAAAUAGAUAAGAUACUAGGAAUCAGAGGACCAGAGGAUGUAGCCAAAAUGGGGAUUAUGGAGUAUAACAAUCAGUGCCGAGCAAUUGUGAUGAGAUAUUCUACUGAGUGGAAGUCUACUGUUACCAGACUUGGCCGAUGGAUUGACUUUGACAAUGACUAUAAAACACUCUAUCCAGAAUUCAUGGAAUCUGUCUGGUGGGUCUUCAAACAACUUUAUGAUAAAGGCCUUGUUUAUAGAGGUAUGAAAGUCAUGCCUUUUUCCACUGCAUGCAACACUCCACUUUCUAACUUCGAAUCUCACCAGAAUUACAAGGACGUUCAAGAUCCUUCAGUAUUUGUUACCUUUCCUUUGGAGGAAGACGAAAAUAUAUCUUUGGUUGCUUGGACAACUACUCCCUGGACUCUGCCUAGUAACCUUGCCCUCUGUGUUAAUCCGGAUAUGCAGUAUGUCAAGAUUAAAGAUGUUGUCAGAGGAAAAUCAUUCAUUUUAAUGGAAGCCAGAUUACCGGCCCUCUACAAAUUGGAGAGUGACUAUGAGAUCCUUGAAAGAUUUCCAGGUGCCUCUCUCCAAGGCAAGAAGUACAGGCCCCUGUUUGACUAUUUUGUGAAGUGGAAAGAGCAUGGCGCCUUUUCAGUGCUUGUCGACAAUUAUGUGAGGGAGGAAGAAGGCACUGGGGUGGUACAUCAAGCUCCUUACUUUGGUGCUGAUGACUAUCGGGUCUGUAUGGACUUCAACAUCAUUCAGAAAGAUUCUGUCCCUGUGUGCCCUGUGGAUGCUUCAGGCUGUUUCACAGCGGAAGUGACAGAUUUCAUGGGACAGCAUGUGAAGGAUGCUGACAAAAAUAUCAUCAGGAUGCUGAAGGAACAAGGCCGACUUCUUGUUGCCAGCACCUUCACUCAUAGCUACCCUUUCUGCUGGAGAUCAGAUACCCCCCUCAUUUACAAAGCGGUGCCCAGCUGGUUUGUGCGGGUUGAGCACAUGGUGGACCAGCUGAUGAGGAACAAUGACCUGUGUUACUGGGUCCCGGAGUUUGUGAGAGAAAAGCGGUUUGGAAAUUGGCUGAAAGAUGCACGAGACUGGGCCAUUUCCAGAAACAGAUACUGGGGCACCCCCAUCCCACUGUGGGUCAGCGAGGACUUCGAGGAGAUAGUAUGCAUUGGGUCAAUGGCAGAACUUGAAGAACUGUCAGGAACAAAGAUCUCAGAUCUCCACAGAGAGAGCAUUGACCAUCUGACCAUUCCUUCACGCUGUGGGAAGGGAUUGCUGCAUCGCGUGUCUGAAGUGUUUGACUGUUGGUUUGAGAGUGGCAGCAUGCCCUAUGCUCAAGUUCAUUAUCCAUUUGAAAAUAAGAAGGAGUUUGAAGAUGCAUUUCCUGCAGACUUCAUUGCUGAAGGCAUUGAUCAAACGAGAGGAUGGUUUUACACUCUGCUGGUGCUGGCCACAGCUCUCUUCGGACAACCACCUUUCAGGAAUGUGAUUGUGAAUGGGCUCGUCCUUGCAAGUGAUGGCCAGAAAAUGAGCAAACGAAAAAAGAAUUACCCAGAUCCACUUUCCAUCAUCCAUAAAUAUGGUGCUGACGCCCUCAGAUUGUAUCUGAUUAACUCCCCUGUGGUGAGAGCAGAAAACCUCCGCUUUAAGGAGGAAGGUGUUCGCGAUGUUCUGAAGGACGUGCUGCUCCCUUGGUACAAUGCCUAUCGCUUCUUCAUCCAGAAUGUCCUGAGGCUGCAGAAGGAGGAAGAAAUGGAAUUCCUCUACAAUGAGAACACGGUUAAAGAAAGUGCCAACAUUACAGACCAGUGGAUCCUGUCCUUCAUGCAGUCGCUCAUUGCCUUCUUUGAGACCGAAAUGGCAGCUUAUAGGCUUUAUACUGUGGUGCCCCGCCUGGUCAAGUUUGUCGAUGUUCUGACCAAUUGGUAUGUCAGGAUGAACCGCCGAAGAUUAAAGGGCGAAAAUGGGAAGGAGGAUUGUGUUACGGCCCUGGAAACCUUGUUCAGUGUUCUGCUUUCUCUGUGCAGACUGAUGGCCCCGUAUACACCUUUUCUUACUGAAUUGAUGUACCAGAAUCUUAAGAUGCUGAUUGACCCUGUUUCUGUCCAGGACAAGGACACACUCAGCAUCCACUACCUCAUGCUGCCCCGUGUUCGAGAGGAAUUGAUUGACAAGAAAACUGAGAGUGCAGUAUCUAGAAUGCAGUCUGUGAUUGAACUUGGGCGAGUGAUUCGUGACCGCAAAACUAUUCCAAUAAAGUAUCCUUUGAAAGAAAUUGUCGUUAUCCAUCAAGAUCCAGAAGCUCUCGGUGAUAUCAGAUCUUUGGAGAAGUAUAUUAUUGAGGAGUUGAAUGUUCAAAAAGUUACACUGUCUACAGAUAAAAACAAGUAUGGUAUUCGCCUAAGGGCAGAGCCAGAUCACAUGAUCCUGGGGAAGCGGCUGAAGGGAGCCUUCAAGGCAGUGAUGACAUCCAUCAAGCAGCUGAGCAGUGAGGAGCUGGAGCAGUUCCAGAAGCGUGGGUCCAUUGUUGUGGAAGGCCAUGAAUUGCAUGAAGAUGACAUUCGUCUUAUGUACACCUUUGAUCAAGCAACAGUUGAGACAGCCCAGUUUGAAGCACACUCGGAUGCUCAGGCUUUGGUUCUCUUAGAUGUCACCCCUGACCAGGCGAUGGUGGAUCAAGGGGUGGCUCGGGAAGUCAUCAAUCGCAUCCAGAAACUUCGCAAAAAGUGCAAUCUGGUUCCCACUGAUGAAAUAACAGUUUAUUACACAGCAAAGUCUGAAGGAAAUUAUCUGAGCACCAUUAUUGAAAGCCACAUGGAGUUCAUAUUUGCCACCAUAAAGGCUCCCUUGAAACCAUAUCCAGUCGCUACAUCAGAUAAAAUCCUUAUUCAGGAAAAAAUGCAGUUAAAGGGGUCUGACCUGGAAAUUACACUCACCAGGGGAUCCUCCACACCUGGCCCUGCUUGUGCAUAUGUCAAUCUUCACAUUUGUGCAAAUGGCAGUGAGCAAGGUGGAGUACUGCUUCUGGAAAAUCCUAAAGGCGAUAAUCGGUUAGACCUCCUAAAGCUGAAGAGUGUUGUUACCAGCAUUUUUGGUGUGAAGAACACAGAGCUGUCGCUCUUCCACGGGGAAACAGAAAUACAAAACCAAACCGACUUACUGAGUCUUAGUGGAAAGAUGCUGGGUGUGACUGCAGGACCAGCUCCCUCUGUGAUUGACAGUCCUGGUACUCUUCUCUGUCGGUAUAUCAACCUACAGCUCCUGAAUGCAGACCCACAAGAGUGUUUAAUGGGAACAGUGGGCACCCUCCUGCUGGAAAACCCACUUGGGCAGAAUGGACUCACCUAUGAAGGUCUUCUGUGUGAAGCAGCCAAGAUGUUUGGCCUUCGCAGCAGGAAGCUAAAGCUGUUUCUGAAUGAGACUCAAAUGGAUGAAAUUACAGAAGAAAUUCCCCUGAAGACUUUGAACACGAAGACUGUGUAUGUUUCUGUAUUUCCAACAACGGCUGACUUCUAACUUUCUGUUAUCAGUGUGGUUCAGUCAACCUUUCCCUACACACACACACACACACACAUUCAUGUAUUGAAAAUAAUCCUUUCAGGUGCAUUUGGUCUAAAUGUGCUGCUUUGGGUCUAAAUGUGACGUGGCAUUGGUUCAUCAAGUAGCUUAAAACCUCACAGCAAUAUUCACAUUGAACCUUAAGCACCUAUGUAGUCAUGUUGGGAGAAGAUUGCAAUGUUACCUCAGCACUAGAGUUUAUUUCUGUACUUGAAUUCCUUAAGUAUAGAGGGAGAAAGUUAUUAAAAUGGCAUAAUGUUUAUCCUUUUAUGGUCUUUUAAAACCUUGAGGAAAUGGAUAAUUAUCUGGAUUUCCUUGGAUAAUUUGAUGGAAUAUGUUGUUCCAUUAAAGCAAGAAAAAUAACCAAGCUUUCUCAGAUAAUAAAUAUGUUAAAAGUAAUUCAUUCUCCCAUUGUUUAUUGAAACUUGAAAUGUAUAAUCUUCAAAAAACACAAAAACUUAAUAGUGACUUCUGUAUUAAGACAGUGGGCUAAGUUGGUUAGAGCAUCAUCCCAGUAUGCCAAGUUUGCAAGUUUGAUCCCCCAUCAGGGCACAUAAAAGAAUCAACCAAUGAAUGCAUAAAUGAGUGGAACAACAAGUCUUUCCCCCCUCCCUCCCUCCCUCUCUUUAAAAAUCUUUUUUAAAAGAUUUUUUUUUAAAUAAUGUACUAAAUAAAUAUCUCAUUUUACUUCUUCCCAAAACCCUAUGUUUACAGAUGCCCAAACAGAAUUAGAUGUGUUAGAUUUAUUGGGGGAAACACAUAAGGGAUAAAGGGGGACGGGAUAAAACAUAGGUAGAAGAACCCUUCAGGCUAUAAUUUAGGUUUGACACCAUGAAAAUUUAAGAAGAAAGAAGGAAGAUUGAUUAGAGAAAGUUGAGACUGCAUUGCAACUCUCAGAAAACCUUGAUCAGGCUAAUCAAGAGUCCCUAGGCAAGGAUUCCAAAAUAAAGAGUCCAGAUUUGGGUAGCUGUUCUCCCCGUGUCCGCCUUAUCUACAGGUGUGUUUGUUUAUGGUCUCAGUUACACAGUCAACUGUGGUUCAAAAAUAAUUCGUAAGAUUUUUGUUUGUUUUUAAAAUAUAUUUUUAUUGAAUUAAGGGAGAGGGAAACAUCGAUCAACUGCCUUCUGCAUGCCCCCUACUGGGGAUUGAGUCUGCAACCUGUAAUCCAAGCAGUGGCCUCGCAGUGUGUGAUAAUGCACAAACAUGAGGCCGAGCCACACUGACCAGGGCCAUAGGUUCAAAUCCAAUCUUGCCAUCUGCAACACCAUGGAUGGACCUACUGUGUACUGUGCUAAAUGAAAUCAGAGCGAGUCAGGUAUCAUAUGAUUUCCCUUGUAUAUGGAAUCUAAAGUAAUCAGAAAUAGAACAUUUUGAUGGUUGGGGGUGGGUUAAAAAGUAUAAAUUGGUAGUUACAGAAGAGUCACAAGGAUGUAAAGUACAGCAUAGGGAAUAUACAGUCAAUAAUGCGGUAACUGUGGUGCCAGUUGGGUACUAGACUUAGGGUGAUCACUUUUCAACUUACAUAAAUGUCUAAUCAUUGUGUUGUACACCUGAAACUAAUAUAAUAUUGUAUGUCAGCUGUAAUUGAAAAUAAAAAUUAUUUUUUUAAAAAUCAG